AUGGGCGCUCGCAGGGAGACGUUUCGUUGGGGAGAUGCGGAGGAGGAAGAGGAGGGAUUAGAUUCCGUUCUCCCGCCUACGCAGACGAUCGGACCCGACGAGAAGGGAAUCAAGAUCGUUAUCGAGUGGCGUCUUAACGAGGAGGGCCAGCGCGUUAAGGUGACGAAGAAAAUCCGCGUUAAGAAGCAACUCAAGAAGCUGAAGCCCGAGGUCAUUCGCCGCCGGAGUCUCAAGAAAUUCGGCGACGCGGUCGGGCAGGUCGGCUCCGACAACUUCACCAUGGUCUCCACAGAGGAGAUUUUUCUCGAGCGGCCCAACCAGGCGCAGUCGAAGCAGGACGAGCAGGCGAAACCCUCCGGCGACCUGGCGGCGAUCGGCAGCGCGUCGCUCAUGGUGUGUCGCAUCUGCGGCAAGAAGGGCGACCACUGGACCUCCAAGUGCCCCUUCAAAGACCUCGCCGCGGCGCGCGGGCUCGCCGUCGGGGAGAAGUUCGACGAGGACGGCGCCGCGCCGUCCGCCGCGGCCGGCGCGCCGUCCGGAAAAACCUCCUACGUCCCGCCGUCGCUGCGCGCUGGCGGCGCGGCAUCGCGCGCGGGCGAGGACAGCGGCGGCGGCGGGAGGCGCGGAGGCGGCAGGGACGACAGCAACUCGGUGCGCGUUACGAAUCUGUCGGAAGACACGCGCGAGCAGGACCUGCAGGAGCUGUUCGGGCCGUUCGGGCCUGUGUCGCGCAUCUACGUGGCGUUCGACCGCGAGACGGGACUCAGCAGGGGCUUCGCGUUCAUCAACUUCAUCAACAGGGAAGAUGCUGUUCGAGCAAUCAACAAGCUCGAUGGUUACGGUUACGACAAUCUCAUCUUGCGUGUGGAGUGGGCCACACCACGAGCAGAUCGCGGCUAG